ACAUUUGGUUUCUGAAGAUUUGGGAACGGGCUGGGAGUUGAGGUGCUUUGGCAGGUUGUGUGGGUGUUCUGGAGAAACGCUGAGAAGACGUGCUGAUUCGGCACAACCGCAUCCCACUCUGUCCCCGAGCUUCCAUUAAAAAUGCUCUCGCUGCUUCCACGGGUCUCUCUGGACCUGCAGGACCCACUGUCGGAACGAGCAGAGCCGCAGAGUGAUCAAAAAAUAUUGCGUCGUUGCAGGUUUCUAACAGGGUCACGUCAGCCUGCCGAAAUGAUGAAAGAUUGCCUUCAGUUCCUCAUUGAGCCAGCAAAGAAGCUCAAGUUUCGUCUUAAGGAGACGCGGAAAAGAGUGAAACACGUAAAGAAAGAGCCAUUAACAGAGAGUCAGCUGUUUAUAAUGGAGCUCGCACGGGAACUCAACAGGAUCUGUCAGAGGACAGAUAUUCUGGCUCACAUCUGGACCGGAGAGGACGUCUGGCCUCCGCACGCCUGUCGAGAGUUCAUUGUGGAGACCGCCAACGUUCUGGAGAUGAAGGAAAAUAUGGAGAAGCCCAUGCAAGUUUAUACCGAUCUGCAACCAGAAAAGCGGGACUGGAAGAGUCAUUUACUGAGCAUGCUUGAGCAGGGAGGAGAGCAUGACAUGGGCUCGUAUAAAAGGAUCAUCAUGGACUGGACCAGAGGACAGCGCAACAGACACCCGCACGGGAUCUGGCCGGGUGAGGCGGUGUUGAUGAUGUUGGAUGACGUGGAGCUGCAGUGGAAGCGGGGUCACCUGACACACCUGCAGUCUGCCGUGCAGCUGCUCAUUGGUCUCGUUCUUGGGGAACACCUGGACAAGGAGCUCAUUCCAAGACUGUGGCUGGUACAAAAACAAAAGACCCAUAAGAUCGAUUUCACUGGCUACAUUCCACACAUUGUGUGGAACUGGAUAUGUGAUGCUGCAGUGGAGGUGACUUUUGACCCAGAGACGGCCAACCCUGCCCUUGUUCUGUCUGAGGACUGCAAGCGUAUGCAGUGUGGUCUGGAGCGGCGCGGGGUCUCCUGCAGUCUCAGGCGCUUCGACGGCUGGUGGUGCUGUUUCGGCUCAGAGGGCUUCUCGGCAGGACGCCGGUACUGGGAGGUAGAAGUGGGCGACCGCGACUGGCGUCUCGGGGUGGCCAAAGAAUCAGCCAUCUGCAAGGGCUACAGACCACUCAACACUCAGAGCGGAUACCUCACCCUCAGGCUGGAGCGGGGGUCCGAGCUCAAGGCCCUGACCGCUCCGCCUACUGUCUUGCCCCAGUCGCUCAUCCCGCGGAGGGUGGGCGUCUACCUGGACUAUGAAGAGGGGCAGCUGUCCUUCUAUGACAUCCAAAGGCGCGCGCACAUCUACACAUACAACGAGAGGUUCACAGAGAAGCUUUACCCUGUGUUCGGGACGGUGGAGAUGGUGCGUGAGAUGGUGAUCAGGCCUGCAGAUCUGAGGGAGCGAUGUCUCUGUAAGGGACAGUGUCUGUUCUUCUAACGUACCAAACGAACGCGCAUACGAAUUCAUUCAUACAUUCAUACAGUUCAUUCAUUUGAGCAAUGCUUGGGGGUGUGAAGAAUGUAUUUUACAUUUUGUAGAGUAGCUGCUAAAGCUGUAAUUUCUGCACCACAAGGAAUAAAAAAAGACUUGUUAAACAGUCUGUGAUUGGUCAGACAAACAGAUAGUCCCGCCCAAAACUCAUGUCUUUAGUGCUGCAGUGAUGAUGUAUUUUUGUAGGUCAACCUGGUUCCCUUGACCAAAACCCAAUAGGAUUUUUCCAAUGGCUUUUGCGAAUCAUCAAGGCUUUCCUCAACUGGAUCGCUUAAGGGUUUAUUAAUUGCAGUUUGGGAUUAUUGCAGAAUGUGACCAACAAAAGUUUAUGAUUCUUACACAUUUUGUUUAUUUUCACAAAUGAACACAACUUCAAUGAAUUUUGAAGACUAAAUUCAAUCAUCUGAAGUAAAAAGCUAAACGUAGUCUAUAAACAAACUACACCACUGUCGCAUGACUUCACUGUCAACACCACAUAGCAUACAAAGAUGCUUUUAGUCUUUUUUAAAAACAUUUUUUUGAAAGUUUGAGUUGGAAUAGUUUCCAAGAGCACGAUUAUAAACUCAAGGCUAUAAAAUGAAUGAGUUUUCCUGUUCAGCUGAUGACGUUUAAUGACACAUUAAGACACUUGUAACUGCCUUUUUAACAAGUAAAAGCUGUGAAAAGCAAAAUACCUUAUUUUUUCAAGCUUUUAACCAAAAACCCAUUCAAACAAACCCAUUGACUUCAGGAUGAUGGAACCGGACGUGCUAAAAUGAUCGUUUCCAUGUUUUGGCUUACAAAAAUACCUCCUGCAGCCAGUGAUGGGGAUGUGUGCUGUGACGGUUACUGUAGACUAAAUGUGAACAUGCAUUUUCUCAUCUCACUUGCUACUCAAAAUGAAUAAAAACAGUGAGAUGCAAAUGAAAACCUGCAAUAAUUAAAUAUGUUAAAUAACACCAAUAUGCUUUAUUUAACCUUUCUUUAUUAACCAAUUGCUUUUCUGCUGAUGCAAAAAUUGAGUUUCUUUCUAAGUCAAAAGCUGAACGUGUGUUUGAGCUGCGCCCUCUACUGUACAGGAGUGAAUUUGCUUUCCCUUAGCCUGAGGCUUAUUCAUUUCACUUUUGGUGCGAAAGGGCCCUUUAAAUUUGGGAAAAAAUGUAGCUGUUUUUUUUUUUUUUUUUUUGUAAUUAAAAAAAAACAAACAGGCAAGCCCAGCCCAGGUGAAUAAAAUUAACACAAAACUGAUGCAACACAAAUUACUUUCCAUAAAAAGUAACUAAGUAAUGCAAUUAUUCAUUUUAGGGAGUAACGCAUUGAAAAAUCUCUUCUAAUCUACUUACAUUUGAUAGAAUGUUCAGCAUUAAAAAAAUUAACCAAAAGCGAUUGUGUCAUUGUAAUAUUGCAUUCUGAAUUAUGAUUUAUUUGCAUCUGUUUAACCAUUCAUUAUAUUUAUGAGUACAGCCAACAGAAAAUGAUUAUAAUUAGCCCAAUCCAAGGCCUAAACCCCAACUGUUCUUUUGCUGCCCUGAAUGUACUGGUCCCUUAGGAAAUGCAAAUCUAGUUUUAACAAGUAUUGGAUGUAAUCACAUCUUACUCCAUGUUUGUUAGUUUGUUUUUCAGUAACAUUAGAAAGCAUAUAGAGGGCACUGUCAGCUCAACAUAAAGCAUUUCAGUAGGUACACAGUGUGCUAAAAACUGUUGAUUGCACCUAAAUAUGUUUCUAAUAAACCAAGCUAACACACAA